AUGCAAAUCCUGACCUUUGAUAAUCAAUUUAUACAGACGUUGCCUGGUGACCCACUCGAGGAAAACGUGCGCCGCCAGCUGCACAGUGCAGUGUGGGCCCACGUCAGCCCCACCAAGGUCAGCGCCCCAUAUCUUGUGGCACACUCUGACGAAGCAGCUGCGCUGAUCGGGCUGACCGCGCAGGACUGUCAUAGCCCUGAUUUCCUGCAGGUUUUUGCCGGCAACAGGACGGUUGAAGGGAUGGUUCCUCACGCUACCUGUUAUGGCGGUCAUCAGUUUGGCAAUUGGGCCGGACAACUGGGAGACGGCCGUGCUAUCAACCUGGGUGAAGUUCAGCACAACGGUCAACACUGGAUGCUGCAGCUGAAAGGCGCGGGGCCGACACCCUUCUCCCGCACCGCAGACGGACUGGCAGUCAUGCGUUCAUCUGUACGCGAAUUUCUAUGCAGCGAAGCCAUGUUUCAUCUUGGUGUGCCCACUACGCGCGCCCUCAGCCUGAUUGGCACCGGCGAAGAUGUGUUGCGGGAUAUGUUGUACGACGGACAUCCCGAACACGAACCGGGCGCCGUAGUUUGUCGAAUGAGUCCAUCAUUUGUGCGAUUUGGUCAUUUCCAGAUCCUGGCCGCACGCAAUGAAACAGAUUUACUGCGUCAGUUCACGGAUUAUGUGAUCAAGCGGGACUUUUCACAUCUCGUCAACCAGCACGACAAUCCACGAGACAGGUAUAUCGCCUGGUUCAAAGAAGUGUGUCAGCGCACCGCUGUGCUUAUGGUGCACUGGAUGCGGGUUGGCUUUGUGCAUGGCGUGAUGAACACAGACAACAUGUCUAUCCUUGGUGAAACCAUCGACUAUGGCCCGUAUGGCUGGCUGGAGGACUUCGAUCCUCACUGGACACCGAAUACUACAGACGCUGCAAAUCGACGUUACAGAUACGAUCAGCAACCUGCGAUCGGUCAGUGGAAUCUCAUGCAGCUUGCUAACGCGAUUUUACCCUUGAUUGAAGACACCAAACCGCUCGAGGCUGCACUGUCGGAUUACGCCACAGACUAUGAGUCGCAGUGGCAACAAAUGAUUGCCCACAAACUGGGGCUUAACGUCUAUGACGCCGGCUUGAGCAACAGCCUGUUUUCUCUGCUCACCGAAGUUGAGACAGACAUGACGCUGUUUUUCAGAGCGUUGGCAGAGUUUGAUCCAGCCCGGCCCGAGGCAGCAGAAUGUUUUGAUGUCGUCUACUACCAGCCAGACCAACUUAACCAGGCGUAUCUUACAAAGCGUGGGCAAUGGCUGGAGCACUACGCGCAGGUUGUUCACCAACAAGGCACAGGCGCACAGCGUAAAGGCAGCAUGAACACCGCUAACCCGAAGUUCGUCCUGCGCAACUACCUGGCACAACUGGCCAUUGAUGAUGCAGAAAAAGGCGACUUCGCUUACGUUAACAAGCUUCUCGACGUUUUGCGCAAGCCAUACGAUGAGCAGCCGGAAAACGAAAUUUAUGCCGCCAAACGACCGGAAUGGGCGCGCACCCGGGUCGGCUGCUCGAUGCUGUCCUGCAGCUCCUGA